AUGAACAUCAGCCAGAAGAUCCUUUUCCAUGGGUAUCCCAGCGAGGAGUACGACGUGAUGACAGAGGACGGCUACUUCCUGAGCCUCAACCGGAUUCCCCACGGCAGGGGGGACCCUGGGCCCUCAGGAUCCAAGCUGCCUGUGCUGAUAGUGCAUGGGUUUUGCCUGGAUGGUGGUGACUGGGUGGACAAUUUCCCUGACAGCAGCCUGGCCUUCAUCCUGGCGGACGCAGGAUAUGACGUCUGGAUCGGGAACAACCGGGGCAACAGCUGGUCCCGCCGGCACCUCAACCUGUCCAUCGCCUCCGAGGAGUUCUGGGAUUUCAGCUUCCACGAGAUGGCCAUGUACGACCUCCCGGCCAUGGUGGGCUUCAUCCUGAUGCAAACUGAGCAAGAGAGGCUGUUCUACGUCGGCCACGCUCAGGGCAACUCCCUGGGUUUCAUAGCGUUUUCCAGCUUGCCACGCCUGGCUGAGAAAAUCAAACUCUUCUUUGCCCUGUCUCCUCUGUACACCUUCCACCACGCCCGGGGCCCCGUGCUAAAGUUAGCCUUUCUGCCAGACCUGGCACUGAAGGGACUGUUUGGAACCAGAGAGCUGGUUCUGGUGGGGAGGAGGGAGAAGAUCCUCCUGGCUGAGAAGUGCAGCAGGCCACUGGCAGCCGAAGCGUGUGCCAACGAGAUCUUCCUCGUUGGAGGGUACAACUGGGAGAACCUGAACCUGAGCCGACUGGAUGUAUACAUAUCUCAUUUUCCAGACUACACAUCAGUAAAAACUCUUCUGCACUGGGGACAGACUGCCAAAACUGGGGAGUUCAAGCAGUUUGACUACGGGCUGAGAAACAUGGAGAAAUACAACCAGCCGAUACCGCCCUUUUACAGGAUCGAAGUCAUGAGGGUGCCCGUGGCCCUGUGGAGCGGGGGGAACGACUGGGUGAGUCCCCCUGUAGAGACCCAGCUCCUGCUGUCCCGCCUCGCCAACAUUGUCCACCAUGAGCACUUCCCCGACUGGAACCACUUUGACCACCACUGGGGCCUGAACGCCCCACAGCGCAUGUACAGGCGCAUGGUGGCCCUGAUGGAGGAAAACCCAUGAAUCUGCCCAUGAAUCCAUUGAUUGAA